UUGAACCUGCAACCUUUCGGUGUACAGGAUAACCCUCCAACCAAGUGAGCCACACUGGCCAGGGCGGCCCACUGGAAAAUUUAAUUCCCAGCUCAGCCCAACCACUGCCCUGGAUUCUCUCCAUAAUAUGCACACAUAAUAGAAUUAACCAUGCAACUUCUAAUAAUGCACAAAAUGGGUCUUCUUGGAGGUAGUUAAAUCAGUCCACUUUGAAAACAUCUGGUCAGCCCAAGCCUCCUUUGUGAGGCAAAGUAUUUAGUGGUUCAGAACAAAAACUAGCUAGACCUGCAUUCAAAUAUUGCCUCUACUGCCAUUCGUUGUGUGAACUUAGGCAAGUGAUACAACCUCAAAUUCUUCACCUGUAAAAUAGGGGCAGGGGUAGCAACAGCACCAAACCCAAUGGAUUCUCACCAUUCUGUGUGAAGAACAUAGCAUGGUGCCUAGGGGAAGCAAUUCUUAAAGUUAUUAUUAAAGGUUGUUGUCAUCAACAUUUACUGAGAUUUUAUGAAAGGAUGGGCUAGGGACCAAGACUGCCAAUUCUGGGUUAUUUCAUUAAAUUAAACCUUGAGCUCAAAUGGUUCAAAUUUAUCCCAUCACCUUACAUUCAUACAGAUUUUGUCCAGUUUUUAUUUUGGAACCCACCUGAGUCCCUGGCAGGGUGAGCCUGUCCUCUGUGGGGUCAAUGGGUGUCUGGAGAAAUGAUAGUGGCCCUGUCCUGAGGGGGUGGCUAGGGGAUGAGCACAAAGGGGUAAGAGACAGUGACAGGUCACAAAGGGCAGUGAAGUAUAAAUAUAGCCACACAGGGGGUGUGGGCUGAGAGAGAGGAGUUCAUAGCCUCUGGGGAAAUAAAAAAAAUCAGAGGUGGAGGCGAGGUGAGGUGGAGAGGAAGCUCACUCUACAUCUCUAUAUUCUUGAUGAGGUUCAGUCUGGGCUCCAGGCACCCUCUAGCAUCCCCACGGCAAGCAUCUGUGCCCCAUCCCCACCCUGCCUCUGGGAGGGGUCCCUGUGGGUUGGGGUGGGACUGAGAGACCUCCGCAGAGCCAUCUUCGAGACCCAGGAUCAUUACUGCUCCCUCUGCUGCCAACGAGGCCAAGAAAGAGAAGACCCAGGAACCUGCCCCAUCAGCACUGCUUGCUGUGAUAUAACAAAGCCAUGAACAGGGAGUCUCCGUUGCCAUAUUACACGGCCCAGAACAGCUCCAACAUGGGCAUGUUCAACACCACCAUGGGAAAACUGCAGCGCCAACUGCAGAAGGGAGAAUAUGACAUCUUCAAGCACGCACCUAUAUUUGAGAGCGACUUCAUCCAGAUCACGAGAAGGGGAGAGGUGGUGGAUGUGCACAACCACGUCCGCAUUCUGACCAUGGGCAUUGCGUCCACCAGCCCCAUCCUCCCACUCCCAGACGUCAUGCUGCUGGCCCGCCCGGCCACCGGCUGGGAAGAGCAUACAGGGCGCAGCAGAGUCCCCAAGGGAAAAAGCCGCCAGGCUGCAAAGACCUUGGAGCUCACUAGGCUCCUUCCCUUGAAGUUUGUGCGGAUCUCCAUUCAUGACCGCGAGAAACAACAGCUGCGCCUAAAGUUCGCCACUGGCCGUUCCUGCUACUUGCAGCUGUGUUCCCCUCGGGACGCUUGGGACGACCGCUUUGCUGGCUGGGAAAACCUCGUUCACCUCCUGCAGACACCAAUGGACAGUCACAACAGUACCUACACCAACCUUGCCGGGAACAUGGCAUGCAUGCCUGUGGUUGAGGAUGAGGACAAGAGCCAGAGAGUGGCCGAUCUCCGAGGGUAAGAGGAUCAGGACCAGGUCAGCAUCAGAAGCCUCCACGUGGUCUCUGAGGUGGCUGGGGCCACUUCUGCAGCUUUUGCUGGGGGGGAGGGUAUCCAAUAUGACUCCUACAGAUUCACCGCCAUGCCUGAUGUAGCCACCCAAAACCCAAAACCUAUGGAGCUUGACAAAGUGUCAGUAGCAGGGGUGGCAGCAGGCACCACAGCAGGCGCUCUGAGCAUGGCAAUAACCACAUCUGCUGCCCUUGAACAACUAAGUGCGGCCAUAGCAGGGGCAGCCGCCAAGGGUCCAGGGGGGAGCAGCACCAGCAUAGCCAUUGCAGGUGCUGCCAACAUGUCCCCCAAGAGCAUUAAGAUGGCCUUUGCAGGUGCUGCCAAUAAGGUCCCAGGGAGUCCUUCUAACACUAGCCUCUCCCCAAAGACCAGCAUGGUUGUUGCAAGGGCAAAGGCAGAGCCGACCAGCAAGACUGUUGGAGAAAUAGCUAUUGGCCGUACCACACAACCUCUCAUCGCAACCUUGCCCAAGGAAAGCAGUGUGAGUGAACAGGCCAGCAGGCAGCAGCGAGUGUCCCCAGCCAUGGCUGAAGCCUCCAAGAGCAGAAAGGACUGGAGGGAGCGAAGAGAAAGGAACAAAGAUCCCAGGAGUCCCCAUCACCUCAGGGCAACUGAAAGCCACCAAAAGCCAGGGGGUGACAAAAUCCUUCGAAAACCAUCUAGCUGGUUCUUAGCCAGGCAGAGAAAUGACAAAAAGGAGCCACGUUUCAGCAGCCCGGGGAGCAGCAGGCCUGUCACCAUGCACAGAGUCAUCAGCUCUGCUCCCAUCACCAACGACUCCAGGACCUCUCACAAACCAGGGAGGAGCUUGUCUACAAGUAACUCAGGUUCCACAACCAAAAGACUCAGCAGUAUCAGCUCUUUUUGGAGGAAUGUCAAAGCCAAUCUUACAAUAAAAACAGUGACUUCACCACAUGGCAGGGAUGUGGACAAGUUGGCUAAGACAAUGGGAAGGAACAGCAUGGAGAGCAUCAUAGAGAUAGGAGAGAGUGGCCAGGGACUGGAGAUGACUGACAGUCCAACAUCUGAGAUCAUGGAGAUAGUGACCUUUGAACCCUAUUAGUAGGACCCAAAGCAGCAAAGCGGACCAGGGCUCAGGGGAGGAUCCCUGGAGAGCCUAUUCCAGCUUUCCUUACUGCAUUUUAAAUAAAGAUCAUAGGGUCUGAAUACAAU